AUGGCCAUCAACCCCAACGAGUUUACCGACAAGGUCAACAAGACCCUGUUCGAGGCCCAGAACUUUGCCAUUCAAGAGGGCCACUCCCAGGUGGAGCCCGCCCAUGUGGCCGUCAUCCUCUUUGAAGACCCCGAGGGCAUGGCCAAGCGCGUUGUCCAGCGUGCCGGUGCCGCCCUGCAGCCCGUGCAAGCUGCCCUUCGCAGCCUGCUGCAGCGCAUGCCCCGACAGGAACCCGCCCCACUGGAGGCCAGCCUGAGCAGUGACACCCGUCGCCUGCUUCAGUCGGCCGCCAAGCUGCAGAAGAAGAACAACGAGGCCCAUCUGGCCGUCGAUCAUCUCCUUGGUGCUCUUGUCCAGGACAAGCAGAUCCUGGCCAAGCUGGCUGAAUCCGGCUUGGCCAAGAACCAUUUUGAAGAGACCCUCAAGCGCGUCAAGGGCACCACCACUGCCGAUAGCAAGAGCGCCGAGGAAAACUACGACGCCUUGAGCAAGUACGGUGUAGACCUGGUUCAGCAAGCCGCGGACGGCAAGCUUGACCCCGUGCUGGGUCGCGACGAGGAAAUUCGCCGUGUCAUCCAGAUUCUGGCCCGCCGCAUCAAGUCCAAUCCCUGCCUUGUCGGUCCUCCUGGUGUGGGCAAGAGUGCCAUUGUAGAAGGCUUGGCCCAACGCAUCAUGCUGGGCGAUGUCCCUGAAACGCUCAAGGGCAAGCUCAUCAGCCUGGACAUGGGCGCCCUCAUCGCCGGUGCCAAGUACCGCGGCGAGUUUGAAGAACGCCUCAAAGCCGUGCUCGAGGAAAUCAAGCAAUCUGAAGGCCGUAUCAUCCUCUUUGUCGACGAGGUGCACAAUGUGCUCGGCGCUGGCAAGACCGAGGGUUCGAUGGAUGCUGCCAACUUGCUCAAGCCCUUGCUUGCACGCGGCGAGCUCCGCAUGAUUGGUGCAACCACCGAGGACGAGUACCGCAAGUACGUCGAGAAGGACUCGGCCUUUGAGCGCCGCUUCCAGGUUGUCCAGGUUCGCGAGCCCUCGGUGCCGGACACCGUCUCCAUUCUGCGUGGCCUCAAGGAGCGCUAUGAGGCCCACCACGGCGUCCGCAUCGCCGACGCCGCCCUGGUGGCUGCUGCCCAGCUCUCCCACCGCUACAUUCAGGGCCGUUUCCUGCCCGACAAGGCCAUUGACCUGAUUGAUGAGGCCUGUGCCAACGCGCGCGUCCAGCUGGACUCGCGCCCCGAGGAGAUCGACCAGCUCGAGCGACGCCGCCUGCAGUUGCAGGUCGAGGCCACCGCCCUGGAGAAGGAGAAGGACCAGGCUUCCAAGUUGCGUCUCAAGGACGUGCGCAAGGAGUUGGCCAAUAUCGAAGAACAGCUGCAGCCCCUGCUGAUGAAGUUUGAGAUGGAGCGCGGUCGUGUCGACGAGCUGCGUGAUCUACAGGAAAAGCUCGACUCGCUGCGCAGCAAGGCCCAACGCGCCGAGCGUCAAGGCGACCUGGCAACGGCUGCAGACCUCAAGUACUACGCCAUCCCCGAUUGCGAGCGCCGCAUCCAGCAGCUGACGCUCGAGGACGAGGAGCGCUCCGCCCAACGCUCCGGCAUGGACGAGCAGGAAGAUGCCCCCAUGCUCAGCGAGGAGGUGGGCCCGGAGCAGAUUACGGACAUUAUUGCGCGGUGGACCGGCAUCCCCGUGACCAAGCUCAACCAGAGCCAACGUGAGCGCCUGCUGGCAUUGGCCGAGCGCAUCAAGUCACGCGUCAUUGGUCAGGACCACGCCGUGGACGCGGUCGCCGAGGCCGUCUUGCGCUCUCGCGCCGGCCUGUCCCGCCCCUCUCAACCCACGGGCAGCUUCCUCUUCCUGGGUACCACGGGCGUGGGCAAGACCGAGUUGGCCAAGGCACUGGCCGCCGAGCUCUUUGACGACGACAAGCACAUUGUUCGCAUCGACAUGUCCGAGUAUAUGGAGUCACAUGCCGUGUCCCGCCUCAUUGGCUCGCCCCCAGGUUACGUGGGCUACGAGCAAGGUGGUCAAUUGACCGAGGCCGUGCGUCGCCGACCCUACAACGUGGUCUUGUUUGACGAGGUCGAGAAGGCCCACCCCCAAGUCCUCAACGUGCUGCUGCAGGUCCUCGACGACGGUGUCUUGACAGACGGCCAGGGCCGCCACGUGGACUUUACCAACACGGUCAUUGUGCUGACGUCAAACAUCGGUGCUCACGACCUCUUGAACGCGGACGUUGUCAACGGCGCCAUUGACCCCGAGACGGAGGCCAAGGUGCGGCGCCAGGUGCAGCAGCAUUUCCGACCCGAGUUUCUCAACCGCCUGGACGAGGUUGUCAUGUUCAAGCCCCUGGGUCAACGCGACCUGCGCAAGAUUUGCCGCAACAUGGUCGACCUGAUCAACCAGCGCCUGGUGGACCGCGACAUUGCUCUGCUCGUGUCGGACGAUGCCUGCGACUUGGUCCUGGACGAGGCCUACAACCCUGCCUAUGGUGCGCGCCCUGUGCGCCGCUACGUGGAGAAGCACAUGGUCACGGAGAUUUCCCGCCUGGUUUUGUCUGGCGAGCUGGUCAAUCACAGCACCGUCCACAUUGACACGACCAAGCGCCCCGACGGCGGUCGCGACCUAUCCUACCAAGUUCACCACAGCAAGCGGCCCAAGAUCUCCGAAGACUCGGCCUAG